AUGCUCCUUCAACGGGGCUGCACUUGCCUGACGUUGAUGUCGCUUCUGCUCAGCUUGUCCACCGGCGAGCUCUUCUAUCAGGAUGCGCUUCCGGAAACGUCGGAGGAUAUCGCGCUGAAGCAUCUGGCCCGUUAUCUGGAGGCGCAACGUCUUCAUCGGUCGCAUCUACCCACGUUCCUGUCGCCGAUGCACAAGAAACACAACAAUCUGUUGGAUCGGCAGGAGGAACGCGAGACCUUAAAGCUCCUGGCCGAAAGAAAAGCAACUCUGGACACUCUGAAGCAGAAGCUGGAAACGUGGCUGCGUCAUGCGUAUGGUUCGAACCAUCGGAUCGACGCAGAUCGGAUAGUGGAUCGAGAACCGGAAUACCUUUAUUAUAAUCCGGAUCUCAAGCAUCCUGAUUACCUCGAAGAAAAACAACCGAACGAGAACGACGAUCCUUUCUCCAAGGAUCUUGAAUAUGGGCAAACUUUAGAUGUUGAUAGAGAUGCGAUCAAUUUCCGGGAGAAAUAUAUAAAUCAUAAUCACGCGACAAGCGUGUUACAUGAUGAAAGUGGAAGAGAAGCGGCUGCUGUGCGGCCGGCAACAGCAGCGACCGGGCCGGAAUUCACAUAUAAGUUCGACGACUCAAAUCUCAAGGAGAAGCAUCCGUUUGCGGUGAAGCCUAACGAUCCUAGAUAUUACGGCACAGCACCGUUUUCGUCGGAUGAUUUAGAUUGGCAAGAUGCUUCGAGGAUGAAUUGGAAGGAAAAAAUUGCGGAUAAAGAGCGACUAUUGAUAAAACAUGAAGAUGAUAUGCGGCAUGUUAAUCCGAAGAUGCCGAAGGAUUUAACCGCAGAACUUGACGUAUCGGAACCGGAAAAAUCUACAGAACAUCAUCCGCCUAUAAUCGUGCCCGUAAAUCAUGACUUAAAUAAUGACAUUUAUUUCAUCGCCAUUGUGGCUGGUUGCAGUGCAGCCGCGAUGUUCGCUUUAGUAUUAAUCAGUUUAACGUGGUGCAGAUUGCAACGCGGUGCGAAAGCUGCAGCAGACAUAGAAUAUCCUGCUUAUGGAGUGACAGGACCGAACAAGGAUGUAUCGCCUUCCGGUGAUCAGAGACUCGCCCAAUCCGCCCAGAUGUAUCAUUUCCAACACCAAAAACAACAAAUUAUCGCUAUGGAAAAUCGCACUUCUGCAACGAGAGAUCCGGGUUCCCUUUCGGAAGCGGAGAGCGAUGAAGAGAACGAAGAGGGUGACUACACUGUUUAUGAAUGUCCAGGACUUGCAUCUACUGGCGAAAUGGAGGUGAAGAACCCAAUGUUCCAUGAUGAUCCUACUCCGGCGACGCCAGCGACGCAGAAUAACAAAAAAGAGGACCACAUAUAGUUCCAAUAAAGUAGAGAGAGUAAAAACCACGCGCGCGUGAUCUGAAGAAAUCUUUCCUGGUGCUUAGCUCACUGUUAAUGUACCAUAUCGGAAACGUUUAUCUAUUAUAUUGAGUGUAACACAAUUUUAAUAUUUAUAUAUAGCGCGAGAAGGAGCGAUGCGUUUUACGAGAAAGAGAAGGGCUGUGAAAGAGGGAGAGAGAGAGAGAGAGA